UGUGCAUGUCAAUCUGUCAGACGAACCAAUUAUGUUUAGAAAUAUACCUAUAUUUACAUAAAGUUUCAACGAUUUAAACAGCAUAUUCAAGAUACUAAACACACAAAAUGAACAGAAGCUUGUUUCUAGUAAGAAGCUGCUUCAGACGUCAUAAUGCAAGAACCUUCUCAAGUCGUAAUGUAGAAGUAAAUGAAAAUGAACCUAUAAAAUUUUCAACUAGCGGUGCUGCAGCAAAAAAAACCAUAAGACCCAUUAAAAAUAUCAAAAUUGAUAUGCCAUGGUAUCAACCUUAUUGUGUUAUAGGCAGUGUUACCAUAUUCCUGCUUUAUUUCUGCAUAUUGAGAGAAGAGAAUGAUAUUGAUCUUGAAUUUAAUAAAUCACUAUAUGAAAGAAUUCAAGGUUUGGAAAAGACGCAAUUGCUUUUAUCUUAUAAACAUAACAAAGAGCAUGGCAAAAGUGUUUUAGAAAUUGAAAGAAGACUAAAAGAAAUAGAAGAGGAAGAGAAAAUGAAAGAAGCAAAUACAGUAGAAUAAGCUGGAUUUUCCAUAGAAAUUAAAUUAACCCAAUGAAUAUUUUAUUUAUUGUAACUACUGUAUUCUUCUAUAUAACAUUUACUGAUAUUAAUAUUUUAAAAUUAUGUUAUAUCCCUACUUUUUGCUAAUUAGCUUAAUAUGUAGUUGAUUAAGAUUUCGCGCAAUGUAAUAAACAUUAAAAUAUCAA